AUUCCACCGUUGGGUGCCACACCUGGGUCCAGCCUCGGGCACACGGGACAAGCAGAGGAUGGAAGUGGCCACGCAGCACCUUCCAGCAAGGCAGAGGAGGAAGAUCUGGACUCGGAAAGCGAGAAGCUGGAGGUGAGAGAGCCGGAGGAUGAGGAUGCUGAAGAUGAGAUGUUCUCUUUUAAAUACAGUCCUGGAAAGCUGAGGGGAAACCAGUAUAAGUCAAUGAUGACCAAAGAAGAACUUGAGGAAGAACAAAGGGUUCAAAGAGAGCAGCUGGCUGCCAUCUUCAGGCUCAUGAAGGAAAAAAGUGACACAUUUGGAGAGAUGUCUGAAGGAGACAUGAAGGAGCAGCUUAGACUGUAUGAUAUAUAACCUUGCAGCCAGUGGAGGCUACGCCCAAAAGUCAUCUUGGCCCUUAUUAUGCAGUACACUGGGGGCUGUAGUGCUAUAAACAUAUUUUGUUAGUUAUUUGGCAGUUCUAGUUUGUUUUGCAAAUGCAUAUAGGCCUGUGAUAAGUAAAUCAAAAGGCUAGUAACUUCUCACCCUUUAUAUAGUUUUUCCUUG